CAUGUUUGUCCCCGCCCGAUUUGAGCCAUCAUCAUUGCCAUCUUCAAAUCAAAUCUCAAACCCACCCUCAUCCAGUUCAAGAAGCAAGAUUGAAAAGAGAGAAUGGCAGGAACAGAGGCUUUCCCAGAUCUUGGCAUGCACUGCCAGCAUCCCGAAUGCAAUCAACUCGAUUUUCUUCCCUUCGACUGCGACUCCUGCCACAAGGUUUUCUGUUUGGAGCACAGAUCGUACAGGUCCCACGAGUGCCCGAACUCGGACCAUAAGAGCAGGAAGGUUGUGGUCUGCGAAAUCUGCUCCACGGCGAUCGAGACCACCGGGCGCGGCGGGGAGGAAGAGAAGUCGGCGCUGGAGAGGCACGAGAAGUCCGGCGACUGCGACCCUAAGAAGAAGAGGAAGCCCACCUGCCCUGUCCGGCGGUGCAGGGAGGUGUUGACGUUCUCCAACACCAGCACCUGCAAGGGUUGCCAACUCCAGGUCUGCCUCAAGCAUCGCUUCCCCGCUGAUCAUAGUUGCGGCCACAGCUCCGCAGCUGCUCCGGCUAGGGCUGCCGGCAGUAACAAGUUUUUGAUUGCUUUGGCUGCCAGGAACGCCAAAGCCCAAGACUGCGCAAAAGACGGCCGUGGUGGCGUUCCAAUUUCUCCGCCCAAUACUCCAUCUGUCAAAGCAUGUUAACUAAGGGCACAAAUUGUUUGCUGAGAUUCUUUGCUCUCUCAUUAACACGCUUGUUUGUGGAUAAUCAAUUGCGUCAAUUCACACCAAAACCAAUUUGGUUUGCAUUCAAAAGUUAUUAUAAUACAAAGCUCAGCUGAGUUUCAUUUAUUA